UAAUAAUCCGUUUUUAUGGCAUGGAACAGCCUACGAAUCUAGUGGUUGGAAAUCAGCCUCCGUUUGCUGUUCGCGUAAACCCAUCUUUUGAUAAUCUUACUGCUGAUGAGCUAUAUGAAAUUUUGACCAGAGGUACAGAUCCAUUUGCAAGAACACAAAGAACGAGAAAUCAAGAGCUUCUUCAAUUUUCAACAGUCAUCCUUUCAGGAUCUUCAUUUUAA